UUGUACUGGCAAAUUUGUUUUUAGAAAAAUACGCGAACUGACCUAUUUUGAUUAAGCCUCUGUUUUGAAUUUUGGUCCAGUCGCCGUCGGCGACGAAGAACCCUUGGCUUCGUUCAUCGGAUAGACGUUUUUUAAAAUAAAUAUUAUAAUAUUAGUUAAUUAUAAGAAUUAAGUGGAGUUUGUAAUAUGAACGAUUCUUUCCACAAAAAAAUUGCUAAAAACUAAAUUCAUUUAUUCAAAGUGAGUUUUAGUUCGCGCGGACAACCAUGGCAAACACGAACAGUUCUGAAAAAGCAUAUUUGGUCAAAAAAAGAAACUGCACUGAUCCCGAAGUAAAAGUUGUAACUAUACCUCGUUUGCCACAAACUCGAAUACCUGAUGUUACUGAAGAUGAGGAAUGUUAUACUGAUGGAGACACAAGUUCAUCUUUUAGUUUGCAAGAAUGUAUGGAUGAAUUUCGAGCGCGACGAGUUCGGCGCGUUUCCUCCCAAAGUCGAGCAGAAGAUAAGCGGGGUUUUACGGACAUCUCUGAUAACACCGAAAUGGACUUAAUAAACCAAAAUUUAUGCAACAGGGAACAGGAGAGAAAACGCAAACCCUGUAAAAAUGGAUUUUGUUACUGUUUUGCCAGUGACAGUGGGGAUAGUAGUGCUUGCAAUCGACGAUUUGGUACAAGUAACUCCCGCGCCACGCGCCACUACCGGCAUUCGGUUUGCAACCAGGACGUUGGCAACGAAAAACCAAAACGGAACCUGCCAGAAGAUAUUGACCGUUCUUGUAAAGAUUCCAAAACGUGUUCUCUAAAGGGUCGGCAGUUUACUGCAAUAAGCCGCCUUGACACCAGCCAUAAAGAUGAUCCUCUUAUUCAUAUAAUACAGGAGUUACGCGAUAACUGUGUUAUAUCUGAAGUAAGAGUUAACAGGCGAUUAUUGCAAACAAACCGUAAAAUAAAUUCUGAAAAUUGUGUAAAGAGAUAUUUGAAGAAAACUUCGCUGUCACCAAAAGAAAACACAGUCCGUAGCUACUCUCAGAAUACACCAUUUGAAAUACAUGCACCAAGUGCGCCGCCUAUAGAGAAUAUUUUUGAAGAAACUCCAGAUAAAAUUGUAUGUAAAUCAAAUCGACGAAAUGGGGCAGGGGGCCUCUUGCUGCAGAAACGCAUUUCAAAGACAAAUAUUAAAUACAAAGCAAAUGGUCCAACUAAACCCCCUCUUAAGCCACCACGAAGUUCUAUAAGUUUUGAUGACAAAUCUUCUGUAACAAACAUGUCCACUUCUUCCUCUGUGCGAGAAGCUGAAUGUAUUUUAGAUGCGUUUUUAGCAAGCAGGUGUUCUAAAAACUCCAAAAAAAUGAAACAAAAUUUACAACAUAAUGCUCCCAAGAUGUUGUCAAAUCGAAAUAAUAUCAGGGGAAAGGAAAAACGGAUGUCGUAUCCUUUGGCGCAAAACGAUCGUGUGUAUGAUGCUAAGCAGGUAUUUAGGACAUACCCUUCUCUAAGUGACGUAGAACGUUUAGUGGUAUCCAAAAAGUAUUCUCAGGACGUGAAAAAUAUCAGUACAUUGAAAGAACACCAACAGAAAGUUAUUGGCAAAGGAUGGCACAAUACGAAAAUUCGUGAUAUGUUAAAUUACGACUGCAAUUUAAAUGACAAAGAAUUCUACACCAAAAAACCGCAAGCAGAACCUCAACAGACAAAGCACACAGUAGGAUGGCACGUUCAACCAAAAGUUGAUUUGGAUACAGUUGAUGGUAUAGGAUGUCAUAACAUAGAUUCAAAUGUUAGAUAUAAAGAUACACCUGUUAAGCCAGAAAUUGUUGAAGCUAUCAACAUUGAUAGUCCACGAACAUGGGCGGAAAACCUACGCAGUGUGUAUACAUGGUCACCGAAAAAUCCUAGUGUUCAGAAGAAUCGAAAGAGUAAUUUUCGCUUGAACUCUAAAGAAUUUUUGAAAACGUCGAAAGAGAAAAUAUUACGGUUGGUAUCACCAAAAAAAGACAACAAAAAUCGACUUCACGUUAAAAUUCAAAAAACGCCAUAUCGUAACGUUGGUAUUCAAACUACAAGCGACGAUUUUCGUUUCGAGAUUAACAAACAAACUCCUCCGGGAAGUUACCAUUCUCCUCAACAUGCAUCAUUGAAUCCGUCUUCAUCAUUCAUCAAACCAAGGGUUUCCACAACGAAUGAAGUGGACUCUGGCCAUGCAAAGUUUGACUUUUCUAGACACAUUCAUUCACCACCCAAAAAACCGAAUCGAUCCAGUCAACGGAAACUUCACUUUCCAUUAAACUGUUCUGCACUGUGCACUGGUAAACAUGAAAAUUCCGUUACCACGCCGCCGACAGAAGUCAAAACAUACCGCUCUUUUAAUGGGGAGCUGGAUCAGGAUGUAUCACUUUCCAAAAUGAACUUCAUUCUUUGUGAUAUCAGAGCUAAGCUGGAGUCCAGUGAUGAACAUGCGGCAAGAACAUUUAAGGAAACUGAAUAUGGUGCUCGUGAACCAAUAAUUAAUUUUAAUGAAAACAUUGAAGUAAGAAAUGAACAUGAACCUAUAGCCCGUGAACCUAUUUAUUCCGAGAUAGAAGAUGAAAGCAUGCAUAUAUCUGAAAGCCCUAAUUUUGAGAAUCAAACUGAAGUAAAACAUUUCAAUUUGGAGCAUAACCCAAAUGUGUUGUAUGCUCUCAUUAACAAGCACAAUAAGGGAAACAAUGUCGGCGUCGAGGUUAAGGAUUUAGUAGUUACACAAAAGCCAGAAUGUCUAGUGCCCUUGGGGAAAAUACUUCACGAUUCUAUUAAAAGCAAUAGUGUGCCAUUAAGAAAACCCUUACUAUCGCCGUUGAGAGAACCAUCUGGAGGCGAUUCUAUAUCACACACAUCUGCAAUAUCUCUUUGUGAUCAAUUUCAUUCUAAGUCAAUGAAUAACGUCCGAGUUAUGGAACAUCACUCGCCCCCAAAGCGACAGAGAAACCUGAGCAAAUCGGAUUUGUCCUUACACUGCAGCGAAAUCUUUUUAGAAAACCUAUGUGGAAGUGAGCUGUCCCAAAAAUGCCAAUAUAAUGGAAAAGAUGGAAGAAGCAAUAGCAAAGUUGAUAAUUUUGAUUUAAAACAAUCGCACAUGUUUUUGAGUCAAUCCCUACGUAACGACAAUGUUACCUAUGAGAGCGAAAAAUAUUUACCGGACGAUGUAGUAUCCUAUGAGUUGCCAAUUGAAAAUAUUUAUGAAGCAAAUGUGUCAAUAUGUGAUGAAUUCAUUAACGGUUCGGAUGUUGUAUCACCUCCUUCUUCUAACAAUCAAAGCACACCAAAGAAGCCAUCAUUUACUACCAAGGACGAUGAAGAACAAUUGAAGGUGGAUGUAAAGCUUGAUUACAUAUCUAAACUUAAAGGAAAUUCGAUUACAAGCUGCCCUAAUACUCCGAAUAAAUCGUUCGAAGUAGUGAAUCUCUCCACAGUGGAAAAUUUUUCGCGUUCUGUCAGUUUAAAUGAAAUUUCUGUUUACCAGAUGAAGACAAAGAAAACGAUGCCUACCAAAUUCUUGCCAAAGCCAAACUAUAGAAAGUUAAAAACGGUAUUGCACACAUCGUUCCGAUUGAGCAAGGACUUUAUUAAGAAAGGAAAGGAAAAACUUCCUUCGUCUAUUAAAGUCAUGAGAUCCAGCUCGGAAGAUACUACAAGUACACGCAAAAAUGUUUUAGACCAAGAAUCGGCCAUGAACUCGAACCAUGACUUGGACCCUUUUUCUUUCCUUCAACAAAGUUUAUCAAUAACAGAUCAAUUAGCCCAUGUUGUAAAUAUAUGCCGUCAAUUUACCGGUUCUGCAAUUUCAACAGAAGUGGUAGAAGCCGAACGUCUGCUACUGUUCUCCACAUUACGCCGCGAAAAACAGCAACCUAACUUACCACUUUCCUAUGGUAAAAGUUUGGAAAAACAAGCGAUGAAUUUCUUGUUUAUAGAUGAGAUGUGUUUGCCGAUUCACGCCGAUACUUAUCAUGAUAAAUUUUACAAAUAUUUUUAUAUCGUGACUUUUGACUGUGGUGGUAUUAUACGUUCAUCCCAAUCUGCGGAAUGUAAACAAGGUUCAGCAGUGUUUCGUGAUUGUGGAAUCGAAUUUACGAUGCGCCUUGAACUAAAUGAAAAAGUAGAUCAACUAGCCGUUCAUUGCAACAUAUUCAUGUUACGUUUGCGCAAAGUUUCGAAUCCUUCUUUGCAAACAACUGAAGCGAAGAAUAUGAGCAGCUACCGAGCAGUAAGUAUUCCGUUUGAUAAAGUUCAAAAACUCGCCAUAUCUGGGGGAUAUUCUGCAUUUUAUCCAGUCGCAGAACCUUCAGUUCAAAUAUGGGGUGAUUGGAGGCAACGUUACUGCUCUUUGGCGGACACUUUCAAACCUGUGCUGGAUCGAGUGUUUAAUUUCGAAGUGCGUGACGAUGACGUAUACAUCAUAACCAGUACCAAAUGUGGAACCACCUGGGCUCAGGAAAUGACGUGGCUUAUUAUGAAUGAUUUCGAUUUCGAUCGUGCCAAAAAUAUCGAUUUAACAAUCCGAUCACCAUUUUUGGAGUUUAAUGGAGUCGUAUGUAAUGUGCCGCACGACACCAUAGACGCUGCCAAUUGUUUAGAAUCUCCUCGUCUAUUAAAAUCUCAUCUUCCAGCUAUGCUGAUUCCCAAAGAAGUGUGGACGAAGAAGGCUAAGAUAAUUUACGUGUUUCGAAAUCCCAAAGACGCUGCAGUUUCCUACUUUCAUCAUUGGCGAGGAAUGGUUGGUUACGAGGGAUCUAAACUGGAUUUCGUUCGAUCGUAUAUGGAUGGACAUGUUAAUUUCAACCCAUUUUGGCCUCAUGUAAUAGACUUUUGGAAUUUACGCAAUACGCCGCAAGUAUUUUUCACCAGCUAUGAACGAAUGAAGAAAAAUCUGAAUGGUGUCGUUCGGGAUAUUUGCCGUUUCCUUGGCAAAAGCAUAAAUGAACAACAACUUGCUCAAAUUGUUGACCACUUAUCUUUUGAUAACAUGAGAGACAAUCCAUCUUGCAAUCACAUAAAAGAGUUUGAGAGCAUGAAAGCAGCUUCGGGCCGUGAUGUGGAUGAAUUUCGAUUUGUGAGACGUGGCAUUGUAGAUAGCCACAAGGAUGAAUUGACGCCACAUAUAAUCAAAGAACUGGAUGAUUGGAUUAUAAAUAACUUGAAAGAUUCGAAUUUGAGCAUAGAGGACUUUAUUAAUUAUUCUAAGUAUUAGAAAAAAUAGAAAAAUUUAAUUAUUGAAAUUAAAAAUA